UUUGGAAUAUUUUUCGUAGGCUGGCGGAUUGGUGAUGGCGAUACAGCUCAAUCGUAUGCUAGAAUUGCUCCGCUGGUUUUACAAUAAUUUGUCGGAUAAACCACAAUUCAUAUAAUCAAUCAUCAUCGAGUUGUGUGUUGAAUUUGAUCACGCCUUCAUCUCGCUCCAAUUCAACGAGAUCAGGAAGAGAGAGCAAUGGAGAAGAUCUCAAACACUGACGCUGUAAACGGAGAGCUUAACGAUGGAAAAGACGCUACUAACGAUGCCUCGGUCUGUGGUUACGACUCGCUUCAUCAACUCCUUGCCGCAAAUCUCAAACCUCAGAUAUUCCAGGAAGUUAGCCGGUUGCUAUUAGGGCUUAACUGUGGAAAGCCGCUUCAAACUGUUCCUCUUGCAGAGCCUGUGAAGAGUCUUUCUCUAAAGCAUGAUUUUGACCUCCAGGCUUUCCGCUUUAUUGCUGACAAGGAAUCAGUGAGAGUACCUCGAAUAGUAAGGGUGGGUCUUAUCCAAAAUUCUAUUGCUCUUCCAACAACUUCCCCCUUUUCAGACCAAAAGAGGGCUAUUCUUGAGAAAGUAAAGCCAAUUAUUGAUGCAGCAGGUGCUUCUGGAGUCAACAUAUUAUGCUUGCAAGAAGCAUGGAUGAUGCCAUUUGCUUUUUGUACCCGUGAGAAGCGGUGGUGUGAAUUUGCAGAGCCAAUUGAUGGGGAAUCGACAAGGUUUCUUCAGGAUCUUGCAUUAAAAUACAACAUGGUCAUUGUAAGUUCCAUUCUUGAGAGAGAUGUUAGUCAUGGAGAAACUUUGUGGAAUACUGCUGUUGUUAUUGGAAAUCAUGGAAACAUAAUUGGCAAGCAUCGCAAGAACCAUAUACCAAGAGUUGGCGACUUUAAUGAGAGCACGUACUACAUGGAAGGAAACACCGGGCAUCCCGUGUUCGAGACAGCCUAUGGUAAAAUUGCGAUAAAUAUAUGCUAUGGGAGGCACCACCCUUUAAACUGGUUAGCUUUCGGCUUAAAUGGAGCUGAGAUAGUUUUCAACCCUUCUGCAACUGUUGGUGAACUCAGUGAACCAAUGUGGCCUAUUGAGGCCCGAAAUGCUGCAAUAGCAAAUAGUUAUUUCGUUGGAUCGAUCAAUCGUGUAGGGACGGAGACAUUCCCGAACCCUUUCACUUCGGGGGACGGGAAACCGCAGCAUACAGAUUUUGGUCACUUCUAUGGGUCCAGCCAUUUCUCAGCACCAGAUGCAUCUUGCACUCCCUCACUCUCCCGUUCCCGAGAUGGUUUAUUAAUCUCAGACAUGGAUCUUAACUUGUGUAGGCAGCUGAAAGACAAAUGGGGAUUCCGAAUGACUGCUCGGUACGAGAUGUAUGCCGAAACGCUUGCUCGGUAUCUAAAGCCCGAGUUUGAGCCUCAAGUCAUCUCUGAUCCUUUGUUGCACAAGAAGGCUUCUUGAAGGAAGUACGAUCACUUGGAAAGACCGGAAAAGAAGCCUAUAUGUAAGUUGAACAAGUAAGUUCACUUUCCCUUAUGUUUGUAAGCUUUUCUCAUAAUUUACAUGUUUAUGUAAGCUUUGAACAUGUGACUCUUUGUUUUAAGCAAAUGUCGCCUUGCAAAGUGUAGUUUAGAUAUACACAAUCAAGCAGCGGAGUGAUAAGAACUUUCAAUGAAUUUAGAUUGC